CUUGGGGAAAACGAAAACGAUGCCCCCCAGUCAAAACCCUCACCUCGCUCGGUCGGUCAAAUUUUCAAUCAAAUCAAAUCUUUGUUUCAAUUUCUGCUGCUCUCUUUUCAAUUCAUUUCCUCGAGGAAAAGGCCGCCAGGCCGAAUAAGGAGGGGAGGGGCAAAAGCUAAACGAAUGGCGUCGAAGUUAGCUCAGUUGCAAAAGAAGGCUGCUCAGGCUACUCGGUUUGCGUCCAAGAAUGGCACUGCCUACUACAAGCAGCUCAUGCAGCAGAACAAGCACCACGUCAAGGAGCCUCCCACCAUCGAGAACUGCCAGCUCCUUGCCAAGCAGUUGUUCUACACUCGUCUCGCCAGCAUUCCUGGUCGGUGCGAAGCAUUCUGGAAAGAGUUGGAUUCCCUCAAGCACCUUUGGAAGAACAAGGAGGAACUGAAUGUCGAGAAUGCUGGGAUCGCUGCUCUGUUUGGCCUCGAAUGCUUUGCCUGGUUCUGUGCUGGCGAGAUCGUGGGAAGAGGAUUCAAAAUCACGGGCUACCAUGUUUGAGACUGACCUGCUUUGCAAAUAAACCUGUUCUUUAUUUCGAUCCUAUAAUUUCUGUAGUUAGUGGUUUGGCCUAACUGAACCUUGAAUUCCCAAUUUUGGUCAUCCAAAUGCAAAGCCAUAGCGGGCAGCAAAUCUCUUCCUAUUACAAUAACGCAUGCAUCUGGCAGUUGAACUAUUUUUACCCUUGAUCGCUUUUGUU